UCUCCUCCUUGCACUUAGCCAAAAUGACCGUCUCUUCCCACAUCGAAAACUACAACCAGCACGCAUACUGGACUUCUUCAGACCGCAAUUUCCUAUUCUCUGCCCGCCUGCACCUCCAGCACUUCCUCUACCAGAACACUAUUGGCUAUCUCCUAGAUCCUGCCGUGGAGAAGGCUGUGACCUCCGCCCAGCAGCCUCUGAAAGUCGCCGACCUCGGCUGCGGCAAUGGCAUCUGGCUGACAGAGCUAAACAGCGAGUUAUCGAAGAAAAACAUCACCGCACAGCUUGACGGCUUUGACAUCAACCCCAUCCACUUCCCGGCGCCCGCAUACCUGCCCCCCGCGGUCACCCUGCAGAAGCUAGACAUCCUCGCCAAUCCCUUCCCCGCCCACCUUCUCGGCACCUAUGAUUUAGUGCACAUUCGCUCUUUUGGUAGCACUAUCUCAGGCAGCGAUCUUCUCACUCCCACACUAUCUGUGGCCUCCUCACUCUUGAAACCCGGUGGCUACUUGCAGUGGGAAGAAAAUCGCGGCGACAUAUUCCUCGUCGAGGCACCAAACUCUAAGACCCCGACUGCAGCCUGCGAAAGCGUAAUGAAGGUGCUUAAGGACGGUCUUAAGGCCAAGGGCAUCAGCUACGCCUGGAUAGACGAGCUUGAUACCCCCAUGACGGGAUUCGGGUUCCAGAAUGUACGCCUUCAAAAAUACGAUAAGCGCAAGCUGGACUACAAGGCUUGGACUGAUGCGUACCUCAUUAUCUUGGAGGACCUGACUCCUUUGUUUCCACGCAAGGCUGAUGCUCCCGAUGCGCCUCUGUCCCGUGAGGCUUGGUUUGAUAUGUUAUCUGCUGCGGUCAAGGAGACGGAGAAGGGUGUUGUCUUUCAUCAGAGCCACAUUAUUACGGCUGUGGGGCAGAAGCCGCUUGCGUAAACUUCGUUUCGUGUUCUUGAGAAGAUACUUCAUAUCUCGG